GAUAAUCACUCCUCAGGCUCAUGAGAGGAAACAUGCACAACUUUCUACUGAAUAGGACCGUACAUUUUGUAAAGCACAGCCUGGUGAUUCUUUUUUCUUUCAGAUUUUAUAAAAUGGUGGGCAGGAAGCGAAAGAGAUGGGACCUAUCUGAAACUUCAUUUGGUAUGGAAGAAAGUAGACCUACUGGAUUUAGAAUCAUGAAUAUAGAACUUCUACAGGAUGCUUUAGAUGAAGCGCAGGGGUGUGGACACAAUAAACUAGUUCUAGUUGAUCUUCUGAAUACUGUAGACAAGCUUGCAUCAGCAUAUCAGUUCAUCUGUCAGGUCUGCUCCUCAACAGUGGAUUUCUUCAACUCUCCUCCUUCAACCAAAGGAUACAGACUAAAUGAAGAUUUGGAGAAAAUUUGCCCCGGCACAUCUUUAAAAUCUUUCGUUUCUUUCUUCGAUGACCAGAGAAGAGUCAAAGAAGAGAUGGCAACAAUCAACCCCGAUCCUUCUAAUCCUCAAACAGGGGUGGAUUAUGAUGAAGUUUUUGUGAAGAUGGAACCUGAGGAGGAUUCAAAGGAGAUCUUAGAUUUCCAUAAUUUCCAAACUUACUUCAUCAAGGAAGAGUUGAUUGAAUCUGGAACAAACCCAGAGACGGCUAGUCUAAUACAGUUUGAUAACUUGAAUUGGAUUCCUGUAAUGGGAGGGAUGGUCACAUUAUUGAAUCCUGGUAUACCUUUAACCUGUAAUCCUGCUCAAUUUAUAAAAACUACCUCCUCAAAGUACAAAAUACCUCCUGGAGUUUACAAAUAUGUAAGGAAAAAUGGUCUUGAGUCUGUGCUACUUGUAAAAGACGACGACGGAAACUACGACGACCUUCUCAAAUUUUUCAUUACUGUAGACAAGUUCGACUUGAAAGUAAGUGGAUUCCCACUGAAAUCUGGGAGCCGAGUAUCGAAAGAGAAGAAAGAGUUUAACGCCUGGCGACGGCAGGUGGUUAACUGGAGAACUACUCUCAAGAAUACAGGACUUAUUCCGUGUGAGAAGUGUACUCUAGGAUUCUCUACAUUAAUCGGAAUAGAAAGCCAUUACUUGCUGUGUACUGGGGAGAUAAUGGAUAAUUCGGAAUAUGCAGAUUGUCAUCUGUGUCAGGCGAGGUGUACUCAGUCCGAUCUUGAAGGUCACAUGAUCAAGUGCUUAUCUAACCGUAGUCAUUUCACCUCAUCUGAGAACAGUUCUUCUUCUGGGAGUGCUAAGGCAGGGAAUUCUAAAAGAAAAUUAGAGACUGGUAAUAAAGUGUUUAAAGUGGAACAGCCAAUCAAAAGAAAGAAACCCUCAAAGGCCCUGGCUAAGGCUGCUUGUUCCAGGCGCACUCCUCUCAGCAUAUUUUCAAUUAUUUAUACAGAGAGGUUAAAGAACCAGGGUAUAGUUGGACCUAAUAUCAGCAGUAUUGUAUUAGAUACCUGGAUUAAGAUGCUGGAUACAGAGAAGGAUGUAUUUAGAAGAGGGCAAACUGAUCAUGAUCUACAUCAGGAGUUGAUUACAAAGAAUUCUCCGCUUAGUGAAAAGGUGUUCAAUGAAAUAGAGAGACGGCUAGAUGAAAGCUGAUGAGUGAUGUUAUAUCUAGUUGAUAUACUGCCAGACAGCGCCACACCCAUACUGGCGACCAAAUAAGGAUUACAUUCAGUCUAUCCCAUUUGCAAAUAUAUAGUUCCAAGAUUGGCCGCUAUGUGACACCAAAGUUACUUAAGUUCCAUUUUUGACAUUGCAUCGUCAAUAUCCUUUGUUAAUUCUCAGAUUGUGGAAUACUAAUGUAUUUCAUUUUACAGAUUGAAUUUUUCAGA